GGCCUUUGGGGAAGUUGGGUAGGGGAAGGACCUUUUAAAAUCUUUGUCCCCUCUCAACGCAUCCGUUUCACUUGUAUUAACAAACAAAGCUUCGGCCUGAAGUGACAAGCGUACGAUUCCAUACAGCAGCCAAGGCGGAACACCGCGGCCACGCAGAGGCAACACGGGGCCGGUCAGCAGGCGCACGCCCUUCCCAUCCUUCCACGCUUCCUCGAAGGUUCCCGCGGGCAGAACCGGAAAACAGGGAGGAAAAUCAGCCCCGCGCUUCAAAUCUCCCAAACCUGGUGGCCGACCUCGGGUCUUCAGAAGGAGGAAUGAAAGCAAAUCCAAAAUGUUUCUAGGGCCCGAAACCACACACAGAUCGCCACUGGGAGCCAAGCGGUCCUUAACCCACCCCACGAACAGCCAAGAUUACGGUAGAGGGAGCCAACCAAUCAGAACAGAGGGAAUGCCGCCAUCUUUACUACGGGCGGAAGUUUGAAGGACCGCUGAGCACCGGUAAAAAAGCGCGGAAGAUUAACACCACGCGAUUAGGAAAGUAGACUUUAAUGGUUAGAGCGCUCCCUUGCCCUCAGUUAAAAUGGCAACCUUAGUUGCUUCACUGACUUGGAAUCGGCGCCAUGGAGGCGUCCAGCGUCCUGCCGCAGGGCGAGUCGGGAAACGAUUUUAAACUGAGGAGGCGGCUGAACGCAAAGUUGCUGCUUCUCAACGGCGGGAUUUUGGAGCUGGCGUUGGCCCUUGAGGCCUCAGGUGGAGAGGGGCGCUUUGGGAUACACUGUCCCUUGCCCUUUCCCUCCGUGGGCUGAAGCAGACUCCGCAGGAGCGAGGGUCGCGGAGCUGGGUGGCUGAGUCAGCGGAAAUGUCCUUCCCGGCGUGAAGUGUCGGGCUCGGCUGGCGCCUGCGGGAGCGGAGGUCUCCCUACUGGGCCCGUUUGCGUCCGUCGUGAACCCAGCUGUGGUGGAGCGAGAGGGAAUUUGGGAGCGCCAGGGUUUCCUCCGGACUUACUCUUCGCUGUCAUUUUGGCGGCUCUUUUACUUCAGGGGAUUUCAGUUUUGACGUAGUUUUGUAUCCAGACUUGAAGAAUGAUUCGUGAAGGGAAUGGUUGACAGCGUCAUCGCGGCAUUUAUUGACCAUGGAUUCUUAUGAUGCACCAGAAUCGACUCCUAGACAGUGUGCAUCCUCAAGGCUUAAAGAUUACUUUAUAGGUGCCACCCCUCUGCAAAAACGAUUAGAAUCAGUCAGGAAGCAGACUUCAUUUAUCCCGACUCCACCUCGAAGGAAAAUUCCCCAGUGUUCACAACUGCAGGAAGAUGUUGAUCCUCAAAAGUUUGCAUUCCUUCUGCAUAAACAAUGGACUUUAUAUAGUUUAACUCCCUUAUAUAAAUUCUCCUAUACUAAUUUCAAAGAGUAUUCUAAACUUCUGAAUGCAUUUAUUGCUGCUGAAAAGCAAAAAGGACUUGCUGUGGAAGUGGGAGAUGACUUCAACAUCAAAGUGAUUUUCUCUACUCUCCUGGGAAUGAAAGGAACACAGAGAGACCCUGAAGCAUUUCUUGUCCAGAUUCUGUCAAAAUCUCAAUUGCCAUCUGAGCACAGAGAAGGUAAAGUGUUGUGGACUGGUUGGUUCUGCUGUAUAUUUGGAGACAGUCUUCUGGAGACUGUUUCAGAAGAUUUCACCUGUCUACCCUUAUUCCUUGCAAAUGGUGCAGAGACUAAUACAGCCAUAAUUGGAACCUGGUUUCAGAAAACUUUUGACUGUUAUUUCCGUCCCUUAGCAAUCAAUGCGUUUAAUCUUUCUUGGAUGGCUGCUAUGUGGACUGCAUGCAAAAUGGACCAUUAUAUGGCUACUACUGAGUUUCUUUGGUCUGUACCCUGUAGCCCUCAAAGUCUGGAUAUUUCUUAUGCCAUACAUCCAGAAGAUGCAAAAGCUUUGUGGGACAGUGUUCACAAAACACCUGGGGAAGUUACCCAGGAGGAAGUUGACUUAUUCAUGGACUGCCUGUAUUCACAUUUCCAUAGGCAUUUCAAAAUUCAUUUAUCAGCCACAAGAUUGGUUCGUGUUUCAACAUCUGUAGCUUCAGCACAUACUGAUGGAAAAAUAAAGAUUUUGUGUCAUAAAUACCUUAUUGGAGUGUUGGCAUAUUUGACAGAACUGGCAGUUUUUCAAAUUGAGUGAGGCCUUGUGGGGACUAUAAGUUAUGGAUUAUAUACCUUUUUCUCACUGACUAUCUGCCUAAUUGCUAUGCUGAGGGGGACUGCAGGAGAAAUGGGCAUCUGUGCAUCUGUUUUCCUCGCAGUGCCUUGGAGUUACCCAGAUGAAAGCCAAGAAGGAUCUAGAAGAACAAAGAAGGUGGUAGUGGAUGAACCACAGCCAGGUGCUCGUGUAAUAUAGUCCUGGUCAUCUGGGAUGCCAGUCUGUAGAAUAUGCCGAGUUAUUAAUUUGUUGGCCAUCUUUCUAAAAAAUAUAUAAUGUUUUAUUAUGUCAAAAUUUUUAGGAUUCAAAUGAGAUACCUCUAAUAUUGAAUAUUUCUGAUUUGCAUCUUUAAAACCUUUAAUCCCUAAUUUUAAGCAUUUUAGACUUGUAUUCAGAGAGAAUUUCUACGUUCUAUAGACAUUUUCCUAGCAUCAUUUUGCUGUAGAGAACCAGCAAUCAAAAUCCUCCCCAAAGGAAACUAAAGUUACUAUACAUUUUUUAAGCCACUAAUAUGCUUCUGUUUUUAAUGCUGUUUAAUUCUUAUUGCAGUGUUGAAUUAAAUAUUCACUUUUAAAAGGAAGCCUUGUGUUUAUCAGUGUUUUGGUGACAGAUCUUUAAUAAAUAUCUCAGGAAUGGGAAGUCAUAGGCUUUUUCUCUAGCACAAAGGUUACUCAACAACUAUAUGGAAUCAUACAAAUCGUAGAGUUGAAAGGCAGCUGUGAAUCUUUUUUGAGGGCAGGAAUUAUAUUAUGUAAUUUUCAUGUCCCUAAUUUUGUUUUAGCACAGUGCUUGCUAAAUAUCUGUAGAUUAAGUGAAUUAAUUUAAACCAACUCUUACAUUUUGCAGAUGAAAACUACAAAAUUGCACAACUUAGAUGUGCACAAGAUGUUAUAUCUAAAACUCUUCUUUUUACUCACCGAGCAGAGGAAGAUUUUGUUUUACUUUAGAAACAAUGUUUUUUAAAAUCUUCUUUGAAAGAAAAUAACUAUAAUAGGCUGUGAUUCAAAAACAAGGACUAACUUCUGGAAUGGGGUAUUAUUUCACAUAUACUAGGCACAGCAGAAGUAGUGAAAAAGCAUGGGCUUUGGAAUCAGCCAUUGGAAUGGACAUUCAUUGUCCUUUGGAAUCAUUCAUUCAUUCAUUCAACUAAAAUUAAGCUCCCACUGUCUACUCAGAAUUGUAUUGGGUAAAAAGAGAUAUAGUAGUGAAGAUAAAAAAGAUCCUUGUCUUGUGGAAAUUAUAUUCUAGUAGAGGAAGGCAAAAGAUAAAUAAUUUCAGAUGGAGAUAAAUGCUAUAAAUAAGGCAGUGCAGUAUGAAAAAGGGUGACUGGGAUAGUGCCUACUUUAUAUACAGUUGUCAAAGAAGGUCUCUGAGGAAGUGACAUUUGAGCUGAGUCCUGAAUGAUGAGAGGGAACCAGCUGUUUGAAGAUCUGAGGAAGCAUGUGCUAGGCAGGUGAAACUGCAAGAGCAAAGGCCUUGAGAUAGGUAAGAGCAAGCUCUUAUUUGAAGAGUAAAGGAAGUCUGUGUGGCUGGAGCAUGGUAAGGGUGGAGUAGUAUGAGAUGAAACUAAAGAGACUGUGCAGGGACUUCCCUC